AUGAACUCCAUCCAGCCCUUCGUCUUUGGUAUUUCGACGCCCAAAGUGUUCUUCGGGCCUGGCACCCUGAACGAGUUGGCCGGUGAGCUGAAGUCCCGGAACCUCUCGAAACCGCUCAUCAUAUGCUCGCCUUCUCGAACAUCGCUCGCUUUGAAAAUCCAAGGCAAGCUGUCAGACGCAGGCAUCACAGACACGGACAUCCUGGACACAGCCAAGGUCCACAACCCCAGCGAGAUCAUCGCGCCCGCCGUAGCGCGCGCAAAGAACCGAGAUGCGCUCGUCUCAGUCGGAGGUGGAAGCGCCGUCGGCCUGGGAAAAGCCAUUGCCCUCCGCACGGGAAUGCCGCAGGUCGCGAUCCCAACGACGUACUCGGGCUCAGAGAUGACGCCGAUCAUCGGAGAGACGAAGGACGGCAAGAAGACUUCGACGACGGACCCCAAAAUUCUCCCCAAGGUUGUCAUCUACGAUGUAGACCUGACCAUGGACCUGCCGGUCAACGUCAGCGGCCCAAGUGGUCUCAACGCCAUGGCACACUCAUUCGAGGCGUUGUAUUCCCGUCAAGCCAGCCCCAUUACAGACCACCUCGCAUUUGAGUCCAUCAAGGCACUAUCUGGCGCUCUGCCAGUCAUCGUGACAAACCCGUCGUCAGUCGAGGCGCGAACGUCCGCCCUUUAUGGCGCGUUCCUCGCCGGUCUUCUCGCAACGGCAACGGGUAUUGCUCUACAGCACAAACUGGCUCAUGCCGCAGGCGGAACCCUCAAUCUCCCUCACGCGGAGACGCAUUCCAUUUUCCUCCCACAUAGCAUUGCUUACAACGCGAGCGCCUUCUCCGAGGACACCGUACGUAGGCUGUCUGCUGCCCUCGCCCAGAGUACAGAAAGCACCGCAGCAGGCGUCGUGGCCGGCUUGAACCAGUUGCUGCGAUCACUGGACAUACCGACCGGCCUGAAAGAUGUCGGCAUGCAGGAGAAGGAUAUCGAUCGCGUCACAGACGUGGCCUCAGACACGCCAUACUGGAACCCUCGCCCGCUGGGAAAGGCAAAGAUUCGCGAAAUCAUCCGCAGGGCGUGGGCCGGAGAGCAAGCCAGUACUGACCUCUAG